AUGAAAUGCUACAUCUGUGAAUCCACACACAGAUUGUUGGACUGUCCUGUUUGGAAGUCGGCGGCCGUGCCAAGGCGAUGGAGCCUAGCAAAGGAAAAGAGGUUAUGUUACAGAUCUUUGGCGGGAAAUCAUAUGGGUAAAAACUGCCCCCGCGGGAACACAUGCAAUGUCAAUGGCUGUGGUAAAAGUCACCGUUUCCAUCUUCAUGAAGACCGACCGUCACCAAAGUCAAAAGCCGACCCUGCCAAUAAUGCCAACAGUUCCUUUGGUACCAGUGAUUUUCAGCCUAAUGUACCCAUACAGGUUGUGCUGCGGACGGUUCCAGUGUGGUUAGUUGGUCCAGGAGGAAAGAGAGUGCUGAUAAAUGCCCUAUUGGAUGAAGGAUCUGACACGUCUUAUGUUCGAGCGGAUGUCGUAACAGCUCUGGGAAUAAGUGGAACUGAGGAGAAUUUGAAGAUUGCUUCAAUUGCUGACUGUGUGUCACUGGACAGCCAGAAAGUAGAAGUUCAGCUUGAGAGUAUAGAUGGCAGCACGGUUCGGAAGAUGAAGAUCUGGACGAUGAGUGACAUGUGCAGAAAGCUACCGAUACAGAAUUGGAACCACCACAAGACUAAGUUUGACCAUAUUGCUGAUUUGGAGUUUCCUACAGCAUCGGGUAGGAAGACUGUUGAUGUUUUGAUAGGAUCUGACUACCCAGAGUUAGGUAUCGCCCUUGAGGAGCGUAUUGGAAAACCCGGCGAGCCAGUCGCAAGGAGAACACCGCUUGGUUGGACGUGUGUUGGUCCUUUACCCUUGAUCAAUGUACAUCAGACCACCACCAACUUCACGAUGAGCUUUCAUGCCACACACGAGUCAACCGAUCAGCAGUUGCAAAAGUUGUGGGACCAGGACGUCAUUGGAGAAGUUCAUGAGGACAUCCAUACUCCAGAAGACAAGAUGGUGAUUGAGAAAACUAAGAGUUCGAUAAGGAAGUUACCAGACCGGUUCGAAGUUGGGAUUCCUUGGCGUGAAGACCCUCCGGAUUUAAAAGAUAACAGAAUAGUGGCUGAAAGAAGACCUAGAUCACUUGAAGCCAGUCUGGUGAGGAGACCGGAAGUAGCCAAAAGAUACAAAGAAGCAUUUGAGGCGACUGUCGAGAAAGGAUACAUCACCAAGAUAUCAUCGGAAAAAGCGCAAGAACCAGGAUGGUACCUGCCGCAUUUUGCCGUGAUCCGGGAUGAUAAGCAAACUACGAAGGUGCGCAUCGUUUAUGAUGCUGCAGCAGCCUACGAAGGAACAAGUCUGAACCAGAAGAUGUUCCCAGGUCCGAAGCUGCAACGAGAUAUCUUGGAGAUCCUGCUGAAGUUUCGCUUGAAGCCUGUUGCCUUAAUCGGAGAUAUAAAGGAGAUGUUUAAUCAAGUCAGUAUGGCGGAGAAGGACAGGAAGUUUCACCGGCUGUUGUGGCGGCAUCUCGAUCCAACAGCACCCAUUGAAGUUUAUGAAGCAACCAGAUUGGUGUUUGGUGAUGCAGCAUCUCCGUUUUUGGCGCAGUUUGUAACAAAACAUCAAGCCGAGGCAAUGCGAGAGCAGUAUCCGGAGGCAGCAGAGGUUGUUCUCAAAGCAAUAUACAUUGAUGACGUAAUCGACAGCCUUGAAGAUGAUGAUGAAGCCAGGCGUAUGCGCCAGGAUCUACAAGCCGUUUUGAAACCAGCUGGUUUUACAAUCCGCCGUUGGUGCAGCAAUAGACUUGCUGUUCUAGAAGGGUUGGACGAGUCGGAGCAAGCAUCUGGAGUUAAUCUGGAAGAGUCGGUACUUCCCAGUGUGAAGACCCUUGGUGUUGAAUGGGAUGCAGCUUCGGACACGUUUACCUUCAUCUUAAGCAGUACCGAGCAGACGAUUACCACGAAGAGACAGAUUCUGAGUCGUAAUGCAACCAUCUUUGAUCCGUUCCAAUUCUUGGCCCCUGUUGUCAUCCGGGGCAAGAUAGCUCUGCAAGAAUGCUGGUUACGUGGAAUCGGAUGGGACGAUGACCUACCAGAUGAUAUCCAAACUAGACUUGACCAGUGGAUAGGAGAGCUACAGCGGGUGAACGAGAUUCACAUCCCUCGGUGUUAUCGCAACAGGCCAGUUGAAGAUAUCGUGAAGAUGGCCCUACAUACAUUUACAGAUGCCUCGAGACUCGCCUACGGGGCAGUAGCCUAUCUUAGGUACCAGUAUACAGAUGGAGAAAUUGGGAUCAGCAUGGUAGCUGCAAAGUUUAAAGUUGCUCCACUGAAGAAUGUUAGCAUUCCCCGGCUCGAGCUGAUGGCUGCAGUUACAGGAGUGCGUCUAGCCAACGUCAUGGCCAGGAGUAUAUCCGUCCGAUUACUAGAUUGUGCCCACUCGUUGUGA